AUGGCAGGCUAUCGAUUAGUGGAUAUUGCUAAACCAUUCCUUCCUAUCUUACCAGAAAUAGAAAUUUCUUACGAGAAGGUUCCUUUUGAUGAUAAAAUUGUUUACACAAUCUGUUCAGGUUUGAUCUAUCUGUUCGGCCAGUUCCCAUUGGCGGCCAUUUCUAAGGACGAGGUGCGAGUUCAAGACCCUCUUUAUUUCCUACGUGGCGUUUUUGGCGCUGAGCCAAGAACCCUUAUGGAAUUUGGUCUGUUCCCCAUCAUCUCCAGUGGUCUGAUCUUACAAUUGCUUGCUGGUAUGAAGUUUAUUUCAGUCAAUUUCAAGUUGCAGCAGGAUCGUGAAUUAUUCCAGAGUUUGACCAAGCUCUUUGCUCUUUUGCAGUAUUUUGUGUUGGCUAACAUAUUUAUCUUCUCGGGGUACUAUGGUGAGAACCUAAGCAUCGUUCAAAUUGGGCUUCUUAACUUGCAGUUAGUCGGUGCUGGCUUCUUUGCUAUUCUGGUAUCUGAAAUUGUAGACAAGGGUUUCGGAUUUGCUUCAGGUACGAUGACUAUCAACACCAUUGUCAUCGCAACUAACCUUAUCGCGGACACUUUUGGUGUUUCGCAAGUUACCGUUGACGCCGACGGUCACAAGGAGGCUCAAGGUUCGGUUAUCAAUUUGCUCCAAGGCAUGAGAUCGAAGCACAAAACCUUCCUUGGUGGUCUGGUCUCGGCAUUCAACAGAGACUACCUGCCUAACCUGAGUAUGACGUUGAUCGUACUUGGUAUUGGUGCCACAGUUUGCUACUUACAAAGUUUCAGGCUGGAGCUUCCAAUCAGAUCCACUAAGGCUCGUGGUAUGAACAAUGUUUAUCCGAUUCGCUUGUUGCACAUCGGUGGCCUAUCGGUUACCUUCUCGUACGUUCUGCUCACAAUCAUCCAUUUGCUUGCCUUCGUCUUGAUCCAGUUGGUUGCCAGGAACGAUCCAACCAGCAUCAUCUGCAAGGUGUUGGGACACUAUGAGACCGUUAACAAUCUACUGUACGUUCCAAGCUUCCCACUGUCACUUUUGACUCCACCAAGAUCAUUUUUCAGUGGUUUAUUCCAGCAGCCUUUGACUUUCGCUGUAUACAGCGGCUUCAUGCUCUUCACUGGUAUCUGGUUUGCCGAUCAAUGGCAAGCAAUGUCCGGAACUUCAGCCCGCGAUAUCGCUGCCCAGUUCAAGGAGCAGGGCAUCACAUUGACUGGUCGCAGAGAACAAAGUGUUGCCAAGGAAUUAGAGAAGGUUGUUCCAGUCGCUUCUACUACAGGUGCAACGCUGCUAGCUCUAGUCACCAUUGUGGGUGAAUUCUUAGGCUUAAAGGGCAAGGCUGCUGGUAUGGUAGUGGGUGUGGCUACUGGAUUCUCUUUACUUGAAUUGAUCUCUCUGGACUACCAGCAAAGUGGUGGCCAGAGUGCUUUGGCGCAAGUGCUUGGCGCUCCCGGUCGCUUUUAA